AUUGCCAUUCCAACGCACACUCCUUGAGGAGCAACAGCUAUACGGAGUUAAAGAAGUGGAUUAUCGAGUGUUUUGGAAGGAACGAUUCCUCGUUUUGUGGGCUAUUUGCAUGAAAACAUAAAUGCGCGUUUGGACAAUAAUUUUGCUUCAGUAACUCGCGAUUUAGUCGAUAAAGGGCGCAUUGCAAUAGUCUACGGCAUUACCUAUCCUCUUCGUGGAAUGGAAUCAGUCUUAGAAUGAAAAACAAAACGAGCUUGAUUGUAUUCAGCGAUUGGAUAUAGUGCAUGGGAUGACCAUAUUCCACAGUAUUAUAAACAGGACAUGUGAAUUGAGAGUUUAAAGCAUAGCCUGUGGUGGUUUAGAUGUGUGCUUUGUGUAUCCCUCGUAUGAGUCCAGUCUAAACCUUUAUUCAUGUUGCAAGAUCCUGGCUUAUGACAAUGGAUUACUUGCUAUGGGUAUGCAGCCUGGUGCUCCCCGUGGUAUUUGCUGUCGAAGAGACACUAAUGGACAGCAAGUGGGCGACUACAGAGCUGGCCUGGACCACGUUUCCCGAGAGCGGGUGGGAGGAGGUGAGUGGCUACGAUGACUCCAUGAGUCCAAUAAGAACAUACCAGGUGUGCAACGUGCGUCAGCCCAACCAGAACAACUGGCUGAGGACUGACUUCAUCCCCAGGAAGGGCGUGCUGCGUGUCUACGUGGAGAUCAAGUUCUCGGUACGCGACUGCGCUAGCAUCCCCAACAUCCCCGGUUCCUGCAAAGAGACCUUCAACCUGUUCUACUACGAGUCAGAGGGGGACACGGCCACGGAGGGCAGCCCACUGUGGAGGGAGAACCCUUACAUCAAGGUGGACACCAUCGCCCCUGACGAGAGCUUCUCUCUGCUGGAGGCCGGCCGGAUCAACACCAAGGUCCGCAGCUUCGGCCCGCUCUCCAAGACGGGCUUCUACCUGGCCUUCCAGGACCUCGGGGCCUGCAUGUCACUCAUCUCGGUCCGGGUAUUCUUCAAGAAGUGCUCCACCACCAUUGCUAACUUUGCGGUUUUCCCUGAGACGGCCACGGGAGCCGAAGCCACAUCCUUAGUCAUCGCCCCCGGGGCCUGUGUGUCCAACGCGCAGGAGGUGUCGGUCCCUUUGAAGCUGUACUGCAACGGGGACGGGGAGUGGAUGGUUCCUGUCGGCUCCUGUACCUGCACGCCAGGCUUCGAGCCAGCAAUGGGGGACACGCAGUGCCAGACCUGCAGCCCUGGAACCUUCAAGUCGAAACAGGGAGAGGGCUUGUGUUCCCCCUGCCCCCCCAGCAGCCGAGCCAGCUCCAGAGGCUCAAGCGUCUGCCCCUGCCAGAACGGCUUCCACCGUGCAGACAGUGACCCUCCAGAAUCGGCCUGCACCACCGUCCCGUCGCCCCCUCAGAACGUCAUCUCCAGCGUCAACGAGACCUCCCUGUCGCUGGAGUGGGAGGAGCCGGCGGACGGCGGGGGGCGGAGCGACGUCAUCUACAACGUGGUGUGUAAGAAGUGCCUGAGGGAGCGGAGCCCGUGCACGCGCUGCGACGACAACGUGGACAUAGCGCCGCGCCGCCUGGGCCUCACGGACAGGAAGGUGGUGGUGAGGAACCUGCAGGCUCACACCCGCUACAGCUUCGAGGUCCAGGCCGUCAACGGGGUGUCGGGGAAGAGUCCGUCGGCGCCCAGCUAUGCCACGGUCAACAUCACCACCAACCAAGCAGCCCCUUCAGCAAUCCCCACGGUGCACCUCAUGAGGUCCACGUCUGACACGCUCAGCCUGUCCUGGCUGCCUCCUGAGAAGCCCAACGGCUUUAUCCUCGACUAUGAGAUCAGAUACUACGAGAGGGGUCAGGCCAUGUCCCACACGGUGACAGCCCAGUACAGCUCAGCCAAGGUGGAGGGGCUGAAGUCAGCCACGCAGUACGUGGUCCAGGUCCGGGCUCGCACUGUGGCCGGCUAUGGACGCUACAGCAACCCAAUGGACUUCAGCACCAGUCUGCACAGUGACCCCCAGAAGUCUGUGCAGGACCAGCUUCCUCUCAUAGUGGGCUCGGCAUCAGCAGGCCUGGUGGUCAUCGUAGCAAUGGUGGUGAUAGCCGUGGUCUGCCUCAAGAAGCAGCGUAGCAGUUCUGAGCUGGAGUACACUGAGAAACUACAGCAGUACAUUUCACCGGGGGUCAAAGUGUACAUCGACCCCUUCACUUACGAGGACCCGAACGAGGCGGUCCACGAGUUUGCCAAAGAAAUUGACAUCUCCUGUGUGAAGAUCGAGGAAGUCAUCGGCGCAGGUGAGUUUGGGGAGGUGUGCCGUGGCAGGCUGAAGCAGCCGGGGCGGAGGGAGGGGGUGGUGGCCAUUAAGACUCUGAAGGCCGGCUACACCGAGCGCCAGAGGCGGGACUUCCUGGCGGAGGCGAGCAUCAUGGGCCAGUUCGACCACCCCAACGUGAUCCGCCUGGAGGGGGUGUUAACCCGGAGCUGCCCCGUGCUCAUCAUCACCGAGUUCAUGGAGAACGGAGCGCUGGACUCCUUCCUCAGGCUGAACGAUGGCCGUUUCACCAUGACCCAGCUGGUUGGCAUGCUGCGCGGCAUCGCCGCGGGGAUGAAGUACCUGUCCGACAUGAACUACGUCCACCGCGACCUGGCCGCACGCAACAUCCUGGUCAACAGCAACCUGGUGUGCAAGGUGUCCGACUUUGGCCUGUCCCGGUUCCUGGAUGACACCUCCACCGACCCCACCUACACAAGCUCACUGGGAGGGAAGAUCCCCAUCCGGUGGACUGCGCCGGAGGCCAUCGCCUUCAGGAAGUUCACCUCCGCCAGCGACGUCUGGAGCUACGGCAUCGUCAUGUGGGAGGUGGUGUCCUAUGGAGAGAGGCCCUACUGGGACAUGAGCAACCAGGAUGUGAUGACGGCGGUGGAGCAGGACUACAGGCUGCCCCCGCCCAUGGACUGCCCUAUGGUGCUGCACCAGCUCAUGCUGGAGUGCUGGUUGAAGGAGAGGAACCAGCGGCCCAAGUUCUGCCGGAUCGUCAGCACCCUGGACAAGCUCCUGCGCAACGCCGCCAGCCUUAAAGAUGUCACCAGCAUAUAUUCAGGGGACCUGCUGCGGAUUGGAGGAACUCUGCCCGGCCACCACAGGAAGAGUCUGGACAGCAGUCAGGAGAUCGUCCGACAACAGAUGAGCCAAACUCUGCCUAUCAGGGUGGGGUGAUAGGGCCAUGAGAGGUGAGAGGGCCGUGUUUGACUGACAGUGCAGGACACAGCUUCAAAUGCAUGCCUUUGUGAUGGAACACUUCUGAUAACAGACAAUGGUGGGAUCACAGGUGGGACAUGUUGCUCUAUGGACAGAUGCCAUCCUUUUUCAAUCUCAUUUUAUUCAAAAUUGUUUUGGAUGCUAAGUUAUUACAUAUUAUUGAGAAGAGUAUUCUGUGUUUUCUACAAUAGUCUUAUUGUUUGGAUUUGUCUUAUUGCUUGAUUUUGAACACAUUCAAUGUUUUUAUUGAGCAAAAAGAAAAUAUUUUAUUUUGACUAUAUUUGGUCCAAAAGGGUAGAGGUCUUGUAACAGAAAUAGCCAGUAGGCACCAUAGCUGUACAAUUUCAUCAACUGGAAAGUUGCCAUUUCCUUCAUCCUGGACCUAGAUAACCACUCCUAAUCUUGAUGUGUUGGAUAUUUCCUGUUGCAGAUCAAAGUGAAUUAAAAAGGCCACUGUCGCUAUGUGACCUUAAUAUCCAUUUGACCUACAAACAUUGAUGUAAUGUCGUCCCUCAAUGGUUAAUUACGCCAGAGAGUAUUUUUAAAGUACGCCAGCUGUCAGAGAGUGCUGUGACUGGGCUGCAUCUCCCCAUCUCAGCUAAACCAAUCUGCACCGCUGCCAGCACCAUUUGACCUAACUUUGACCCAUGGUUACAUGUUUGUUUGUCGGCAGACAAAUUGAAAACCACGGUUUCAGGGCCAUUAAGAAUGUGUAUGUGUCAACUUUAAAGAAUAAAACGGCUUUUAGGGGCAGACUUUUUGUCUGCAAGAGUAAGAUGUUUCGAAUUGUAAAAAAAUAAAUUUAAAAAAUUGCGCAAAAUAAGCAUUUUUCUUUCCGUAUUUUUAAGUUAAUCAUAUGCAAAUAAAUUA